ACAGAGGGAAUGAAGAAUGUUUCGAAUUGAAUCAUAUAUAACAUCAAUAAUUCUUAGCUACUUUGAUCGUUAUAUCAAGAACUUCAGACAACAAGACGCUCAGGUUUCGUUAUGGGAGGGAGAUGGAUCAUUCCAGAAUUUAAAUUUAGAUCUGGAAGUUUUGGAAGAGGAGUUGAAUCUUCCGUUUAGUUUUGUAUCUGGACACAUCCACGAGUUGUUACUCCACGUGCCAUGGACUCGACUGACUUCCGAACCUGUUCAAAUCACUAUAAACACGAUAGAAUGUGUUAUGAAAUUGAAACCAGUCGGCAGCUAUCAUCCACAUGCAAGGCACUCAAGAAGGAGUCUACAGGCGAUGGACGACCCCCAGAGCCAAUCUUCUCUCGUCUCUUCUCUCGUCAACAAGAUUAUCUGCAACGUUUCCGUUACUUGCAACAACCUGAUACUCAAGUAUGUCGAGGAAGACAUUGUGUUGUCCAUGAACAUCAAGACCCUCAGCUUCGGCACCGUCAACAACAACUGGGAGCCUGCGUUCAUGGAACUGAACGCUUCCCAGUUAGAACUGCGCAAGGUGAUCUCCCUCUCCGACGUCACUGUGUGUCUGGAUAAAAGGAACGCCUCGGGUAGAAUAGAAUCAUACUUGGAGCCGCUGUUGUAUCGCUGUUUCAUCACCAUCAGGCUUUGGCAGAGUUAUUUGUCAGUGAGUGCAAAACGAGCGCACUCAACUCGACUGGACGUCUUGUGUGAGCAGAUGGCCUUCACAGUGAGCGAGCCGCAAUUACCGAUGUUGAUGAGGUUGAUGAGUCUGUGUCUGGCGUUGCAUCGUAAACAGUUCUCACAGACCAAUCUCCACGCUGCUCCUUCAGACGACACAAUAGGGGACAAAGAGGAUACAGAGGAAGGUGACGAUGAUGGAAACCCUGAAGAGUCUUGGUCCAGCUGGGCGUUUGGUUGGAUGCCGACGUUGAUUCCUCUAGCAGACGACGGAGAAGAAGGUGAUCUUCUCGAGUCAAAUCCUCCAACUAGCGUCUUCAACUUUGGAUUCUACGUUGACACUUUCACACUGGCAUUGAAGUUGUGUGAAGCGGACACCAAUGGAGGUAUGAAGACUCAAUCUCAGGCGUUCAUGCAUCUACUACUCAACGGCUGCAAGAUGGACCUGCUCUCUCACAAUGCAGACUGGACCAAUGUACAGAUGGGAAUCUGUCAAGCCACAGUUAAGCCUGACGGAGAGUGUUGCUGUGGAGUGUCAGAAGCUUUACAGAUGGUGUAUCUCAGCAGCGGGUCGAUGCAAGAAGAGUUCCUGUCGGGUUCACUGUUUGACAAACAACCGUCCAAGCUGCAAGAACGACUCUGUCAUUCAUGGAAGUAUCACUUGGAGUCUGUAUCAGAAGCAAUUAUGUUGGAGAAAACUCCAGCGUUUGCCGUCGAUUAUCUGUCCUGUAACCAGGAUAAGUACGAAGAUUCCGAAGAGGAUUCCGAUGAUGAAGACUCUGAAAGGCUACCGGCCAAGGAAAAGGUUGUGAUUCGCUAUGUAGCCGGUCCAGUUGUAAUCAGAGUCUGCUCCGGGCUGAUCCAUCGACUACAGAUGUUGAUGAAGGCUUGUGCCAAUUACGACUACGUACCUUACACCACCAACACGACUCUGCCAGCAGCACAAGAUAACCAGGUACUGGAUCUGGUACACAGGUUGUCAGAGAAGCGAGUAGAGAUGGAUGAGGAUCUGUACAGUCGCUACUUGCCUGUCCACACGGCGCAGUUCACGGUGUUCAACACCAUCGUGGAGCUGUACCCUGCCAACCACCUGCCUGUACACUACUCCACACUCGGCAGGAAGCUGUCAAGGACACAACGUAGAGGUUGUAGUCUGUCACCACCACCCUGUGUCAUACUGGAGUGUCAGUGUGUCUACGCUACUCUCACCAGGCCUCUCUACCCUGACAAGAUACUGCUCAUGGUAUACAUCACAUCACAUGUUUACAGAAGCUGUCAAGGACACAACGUAGAUGUUGUAGUCUGUCACCACCACCCUGUGUCAUACUGGAGUAAGCUGUCAAGGACACAACGUAGAGGUUGUAGUCUGUCACCACCACCCUGUGUCAUACUGGAGUGUCAGUGUGUCUAUGCUACUCUCACCAGGCCUCUCUACCCUGGCAAGAUACUGCUCAUGGUAUACAUCACAUCACAUGUUUACAGAAGCUGUCAAGGACACAACGUAGAUGUUGUAGUCUGUCACCACCACCCUGUGUCAUACUGGAGUAAGCUGUCAAGGACACAACGUAGAUGUUGUAGUCUGUCACCACCACCCUGUGUCAUACUGGAGUGUCAGUGUGUCUAUGCUACUCUCACCAGGCCUCUCUACCCUGCCAAGAUACUGCUGAUGAUAUACAUCACAUCACAUGUUUACAGAAGCUGUCAAGGACACAACGUAGAGGCUGCCUGUCACCACCACCCUGUGUCAUACUGGAGUAAGCUGUCAAGGACACAACGUAGAGGCUGUAGUCUGUCACCACCACCCUGUGUCAUACUGGAGUGUCAGUGUGUCUAUGCUACUCUCACCAGACCUCUCUACCCUGACAAGAUACUGCUGAUGACAUACAUCACAUCAUAUGUUUGCAGAAGCUGUCAAGGACACAACGUAGAGGCUGUAGUCUGUCACCACCACCCUGUGUCAUACUGGAGUAAGCUGUCAAGGACACAACGUAGAGGUUGUAGUCUGUCACCACCACCCUGUGUCAUACUGGAGUGUCAGUGUGUCUACGCUACUCUCACCAGACCUCUCUACCCUGACAAGAUACUGCUGAUGACAUACAUCACAUCAUAUGUUUGCAGAAGCUGUCAAGGACACAACGUAGAGGCUGUAGUCUGUCACCACCACCCUGUGUCAUACUGGAGUAAGCUGUCAAGGACACAACGUAGAGGCUGUAGUCUGUCACCACCACCCUGUGUCAUACUGGAGUGUCAGUGUGUCUAUGCUACUCUCACCAGACCUCUCUACCCUGACAAGAUACUGCUGAUGACAUACAUCACAUCAUAUGUUUGCAGAAGCUGUCAAGGACACAACGUAGAGGCUGUAGUCUGUCACCACCACCCUGUGUCAUACUGUAGUAAGCUGUCAAGGACACAACGUAGAGGUUGUAGUCUGUCACCACCACCCUGUGUCAUACUGGAGUGUCAGUGUGUCUACGCUACUCUCACCAGACCUCUCUACCCUGACAAGAUACUGCUGAUGACAUACAUCACAUCAUAUGUUUGCAGAAGCUGUCAAGGACACAACGUAGAGGUUGUAGUCUGUCACCACCACCCUGUGUCAUACUGGAGUAAGCUGUCAAGGACACAACGUAGAGGUUGUAGUCUGUCACCACCACCCUGUGUCAUACUGGAGUGUCAGUGUGUCUACGCUACUCUCACCAGACCUCUCUACCCUGACAAGAUACUGCUGAUGAAGCUGUCAAGGACCCAACGUAGAGGUUGUAGUCUGUCACCACCACCCUGUGUCAUACUGGAGUGUCAGUGUGUCUACGCUACUCUCACCAGACCUCUCUACCCUGACAAGAUACUGCUGAUGAAGCUGUCAAGGACACAACGUAGAUGUUGUAGUCUGUCACCACCACCCUGUGUCAUACUGGAGUGUCAGUGUGUCUACGCUACUCUCACCAGACCUCUCUACCCUGACAAGAUACUGCUGAUGGCCUCCAAGUUCCACAAAGAUCGUCUUCCCCCUGAAAUUAUGAACACGUCUCUCACUAAGCUAGCUUUCAAGGCUGUUGGGGUGGGUAGCAGUUUGCGUCUGCCGUUUCUUCAGGCCAUGAAGGUGGUUGAAAUGUCGAGUGUGUCCAGUGAGCAAAGUUGGCACUCUCUCAUCACACCUCUAGAAGACACAGUUAGUUCGGACGUUGGUCUACAUAUUGAAAACGUAACGACUACAUCCUCAAAAGCGAAGUUGAUUCUGCUGUGUGAGAUUGUGAGCUCGUUGAUUGCCACAAACAAUCGCCAGAGAUACAUAGCGGCGCAGAAGACCAUCUACAACACAUCUUUGUUGCAAGAUGCAGCGACUACCACAGACACGAUCUUCCUGAAGCUGGUGGUGGAGCAUGUCAAGCUGCGCCGUGUGGUGACAGCACUAUGUACGUCCACGUGUGUCAGUGUGGCUGCGUGUCAGCUGUUCGCAGUCAAGAUGCCGGACAAGGGAGACGAGUGGGAAACUAUGAUAGUUUCCGCACCUGAUACAGACUCUCCUGUCGACAACCCACUGCUAGAUGUCUUGUACCAGCAGCCAGUAGGUGUCAACCAGUUCCCUCCUAUACUGACAUUCAAUCUCAAAGAGGUCAGACUUAGUACAGAUCCUCUGUUGUACUCCUGGCUUCUCUAUACUCCCAGUGUCUCCUUUCCGGCACACCAAAGUACUCUUAUGUCCCACAAGUCCACAGAGUCGCUCAAGUCUCGCAAGAUCUCGGAGAGUAGUCUGAGCAGUUAUAUGCGUCGCGCGCCCACACCACAUGAGAGCGCCCCUAGCUCCUCCGAGAGAGAGACCCUCCCUUCACAGCCGCUGGUGGACACUGUUCCCUUGGUGCCUCUACCAGACAAGGUAGCUUCUCUGUAUCCUCAAUGGAAGACGAUGAUAGUGUAUGGGGACAUUAGUCAGGUGUCCAUAUAUCUACCCAAUAGUAGUCUAGCAUCUCCUUGUCCUCUCACCAUGGAGGAGGGACUACAGGCUGCCUUGUGUCAGACAAACACUGCCUUGCAGGUGCUCGUAGUCAAGCUGCCAUCAGUGUCCCUCAGGUGUUCCAACCACAAGCAGGGUCUGGAACAGUUCACCGAACAACUCCCUGUGCGGCUUCCACCCAACCUGUGGAGCGCUGAAAAAGACAAUUUUCCCUGGACUGUGGCCAUAGUUGAUCUACACUGUUACACGAUGCACGGUGCGACGACUCUACCGUUGUUGAAACCGGUCUCAUUCAACUGCACUAUUGGCACGUCGCCGAAAUUUUCCGAUCCCAACACCAUGAUUUCACUGGCGCUGUGUGUGCAUCUGGACACGACCCCUGUCAGUGUUAAUAUCUCGGAAGAACAGGUAGUGUUGAUAGUCAGUCUGAUCAUGGCUCAGUGGAAGGUAGUGAAUGUUCUGAUGCCCUCACUCUCUGUUGAUUCUCCUCCUACUGAAUCGUCCAUGAAACUCAUCAGCAGCGACGAAUCCUCCAACGUCACCCAGUCUGAUGAGCUUGGCAGAGGCGGAGGCCCUGUGAAGGUUAAGUUGACGGGUUGGCUACAGUGGACGUUGGUCAGGACGACGUUGAGUAUGUACAGCAAACCUUCCCCUGACCAACUCAAGCUGGCUCUGGACGUAGAAGACAUCAUACUGUCUCUAGACGUGGAGAGAGUCUAUCACAAAGUCAAGCUGAAGGUUGCAACUGCGUCUGUUUAUCAUUACACAAGACCUCCAACGUCAGAAAGAUGGAAACGAGGCGUGUUUCACGGUCUGGUGAUGAGAGGUUACGACCCUGAUGACAUUGUGACUAAUCACUCGGGUGACUCGGGGUUCCUCAUGGCUACCGUCACCCGAGCCAAGUGCAACAACUUCCACUCUCGCCUCGGCAGCCCGACCAAACACCCGGCACUGAGCAAGAAAACUUUGAAGAGUGAAAAAUUCAUAACCGAAAUUGAAAUUAAGAUGCAACCGCUGGACUUUGUGCUGUCUCCGACAACAAUCGGCGUGUUUGUCCAGGUGUUGGACCCGCUGCUAUGUCUGCUACAAGCCCCGUCUGGUGGCGGGGGUCAUAAACCAUCGCCUCCGCUGCAUUCUUCCUCCCUCCCCCUGCUGUACCUUGAUCUGAAUAGUAUCAGAGUGGUGCUGCCCAUGUCAAGAGACCAGCUGUCGUCUGGUCAGCCUGAUGUACUUCUUAUACAGUUUCACAGCUUGACAGCCAACCCACAUCCAGAGAACCCGUUGUGCCGUUCCCCGCUGCGGCCGGACAUCUACCACAAGGGGGAAAAGCAGAGGACACUGAACAUCCCAGGCUCGGAACUAGAGGACCGGCAGUACCAGUUCAGCAUAUAUCGUCUAUGUGUGGAGACAGGUUUGUGGUCGGACUUGAAAGAGUUGUUUGUGAGAGAAGAAGCAGUGUCAUCGCAGCAUCAGAACCCUGCAUUGGACUGGAAUGAGGGUCGGAGCCCGAUGUUUCAGGUGCAGCCUGAUGAACUGACGGCCCCUCUCGUCCGUUGUUUCAGCCUCAACGUGGUCGUGGCACCUGCGAUGAUCUACAUGGACAAGGACAUAGUGUGCGGUCAUGCGGUUGAGAUCAACGCAGUGUCCGACAUCACAGUUUUUGUAACACUUGAUCAGCUGGAGCUGUGUGUUGUGCUGGCGUCAGAGAUGAUGUCAGUGUUGUGUCUAGAGACACAAAGACUGUCUCACAGCCACUCUCCCCCCUCAGUCACCUCCUCCACUACCAGACUACACCUCACCUUGGCUGAGCAUGACAGUGGCAUCGACACAGAGAGCUCCUUCUCUCAUAUCAGACAAGAUCCCAACUUGCCGGCCGUGCAUGCUGUUUCUCCCUCCGGCUACUCACAAGCAAGUGGCUUAGUUCACUCACCUCUGCCAUCCUCUAUCUACCCAACCCCGACACCACUGGUGUGGCCCGGCAAACGAUCAAUUGUCCCGUGUGAAGUUCUCAUCACCGGCAGUUCCAUAAAGGUGUCCUUGAUGUCUGUAGUUCGUGAGAAACAAAAUACCUAUGAACCACUUUGCUUCACACUCAUAUCCCAGCCUCAUACCUUUAUCUGCAGAAAUACAGACAACAUCCUAACUGUACAGAUGUCGGCGUUUGACGUCGGUGUGAAGUGUGGUGUGGCUGGUCACACUGUGGGCCACUGGGAUUUCAGUGGGUGGGGGAGCAAGGUGUUCCUGCAGCCGUUGCUGGAGAGUCGAAGUGGAGAACCGCACCCAUUGACUGGCAUCCCCCCCUCCGCUGUGACAGUCAAGGUUGUUUGGGACAACGACAAACCACCAAAGAUUGACUUUGACAUGGGGCGUCCUAUAAGAAUUGUUUGCACUUUGGAAAUCAUUGAAUAUUUGAAGAGAUUGCAAACUAUGAUAUAUUCGUCUAUUUUUGAGCCCUUAAAAAAAUGCCCGAAUACAAGCGAGGGUGUGGGGAUUCAAGUCAGUGAAAUUCCGGUUGGUGAGUCUACUGACCAUUAUCUGCGUAAGUUGUUGAGGAAGUUUAGCAAGGUUGCCGUCAAGACACAACAGAUCGUGUUAGUGGUCAAGUCUUCAACUCAAGAAAUCAACAGCUGUGCUGAGCUGUGUGUGAGUGUCGGAGGUUGUGAAGGACACAUGACAAGCAUUCUCUCUCUUCAACACGCGGCCAAUGGUGUGCUCCAUUUAGACACCGUCACCAUCUCUACACACAAGGUUACAUCUCCAAAAGCCGGCCUGCUUCUGAGUCCGUGGCAGUUGAUUGUUCACACCAGCCUGUGUUGGGACAGCUGGGUGUCAUCAGCUGAUCCACCUCAAGUCAGCAUAUCAGCUGAUUCUGACAUCCUCUCGCUCCAUUUGUCACCUGAACAGCUGACUUGUCUUCAGGCCAUUGUGAAAGAUUACUACCCUCUGCUUAGCCAGCGUGGUGAGGCUGGUGAAAAACAAACCUUGUCCAGAGCGAACAGUACAGGGGAUUCUGCGGGUGAGGAACAAUACUACCACGACGACCUGCAGGCCGGAGCUUUCCAGUUUGUGGACGCAGCCAAUGAGAGAGGACGAGAGGAGCCUCCCCUGACGUACCAGGUUGUGUUUUGGCAGUCACUGCCUCCUGCGAUGGCCUGGCGAUAUCCUCAGCCUCGCGCUAUCACCAAGUUCUGCGUCAUGCCGAUACCAUUCAUGGAGUCCGAUGACAGCGCAGGCAAAGUUGUAGAUCCCUCUUGUACCUUGCAGUACUACAGUGACACGCAGGCUAGCUAUCAGGACUAUGCGACCUUCAGCCUGUCGCAGACCUCCGCGCAGACCGUGGAGCUGGCGCAGUUCCCGCCGAGAGUGGUGGCGACCACGUGGAGAGUUGUGAUCAACCGAGGUGGCGCCGUCGUGCCAGUCCAGGCUCUAGCAGCCUCCGUCAGGGUAGACUCUUACUUCUCCCCGGCGCUCAUACCAGCUGUGCAGGUCUCGAUUGGGUUAACAGCUGUUCAGCUGUCGCUGUGGACCCAGACAGACCGGUGCCUACCUCUGCCAGAACCUUUAAACAGAUACUACCUGGACAGAAGGUUCCCGGAGGAACAUGACUUCUUCACAGCUGUGCUAGAACAGGCAAACAUUGCCUACUCUGUCUGGCCUAAAGUAAGCCGCCAGCUGUGUGUGAAGGGCCGAGUGAGAGUGAAUGUCCUCAACUACCACACGCUCAGUAGCCAGUGCUGUAUGUCGCCUUGUCCUGUGGUAGCCUCGUGUUACACCACAGCUGACUGUCGUCAGUAUAGCUUCGUCACAGGACACUGUAACGUGAGGCUAGGCCCAGCGUUGAGUCAUAGCCUCGCAGCGUCCCUGGCGACGUGGCACGAGCCUCGCACACAGGUGCUGUACACGCCUUAUGUGGUGUGCAACAACACCUGCUUCCCUCUGAGAUUCAGACAAGCAGGAUCCGAUGAGUACAUUUUGCUACAAGUGUUUAGUUGCCAUCUCUACUCGUGGAGAACAACGAAACAUCCGAUGAAGAUGGAAUUUGGUCUCAUGUGGUUCGGCCCCUUUGAAAACAAUGCUUGGAGCAAGAGCCUAUAUCUUAGGCCAGGCAGUAGCAGUGUUGUAAAACUUUCAACUUCUAAGCAAGAGGCUGCUUUCAUCGUGACAGUGAAACAGCUGACUCCUACUGUAUGUCAGGUAGUAAUCGAUGGACAACUGUCCCUGUACAACCAGCUGUCCCUGCCAGUAGAUGUGUUUAUGGUACCUGAUGGUGAUGGACAGCCGUGCUCUCUGUGGCUGGCGCCUGGAGCAAUGUCCCCUUCAGUGGUGGUAAUCGAUGGACAACUGUCCCUGUACAACCAGCUGUCCCUGCCAGUAGAUGUGUUUAUGGUACCUGAUGGUGAUGGACAGCCGUGCUCUCUGUGGCUGGCGCCUGGAGCAAUGUCCCCUUCAGUGGUGGUAAUCGAUGGACAACUGUCCCUGUACAACCAGCUGUCCCUGCCAGUAGAUGUGUUUAUGGUACCUGAUGGUGAUGGACAGCCGUGCUCUCUGUGGCUGGCGCCUGGAGCAAUGUCCCCUUCAGUGGUGGUAAUCGAUGGACAACUGUCCCUGUACAACCAGCUGUCCCUGCCAGUAGAUGUGUUUAUGGUACCUGAUGGUGAUGGACAGCCGAGCUCUCUACUAGUGGCGCCUGGAGCCACGUCCCCGUCAGUGGUGCUCGACCCCCGCCUCAACCUCAGUCUCAAGGUGAGGUUCAGCAAAGGCCCCGCCCCGUGGUCUGGAGAUAUCCCUCUCCGCCCUCAGGCCAAGCUGAGCAAGCAGUGGGAAGUCAAGCUGCCAAUGGAAGAGAAAGGGCAGUUUCGGAGUGUUUGGUGUAAUGUGAUUUUCAACACGAUUGAAGAUAUUCAUCAAAUAUUGGUGGUGUUCAGUCCCCUGUACACCAUCAAGUCGCUGCUGCCCUGCCAGGCCAACGUGGUGGUAGACACACCGGCUCUCUCUGCCAGUCAAGUAGUCCCCAUAACUGGUAAAGGGACAAUACAACAACUGGACACUCCGGGCUUGAGCAGCGAGAAACACAACAUCACAUUCCAGCUUGAUUGCAAAGUACCUGCGUCAAGUCCUCCAGUGUCGUUGCACUACAACAUGCUGGACGGCAGCCCCGCCCCACCUUCACCAGAGACAGAGAUAGCAUCAUUGCUGCCCCGUCUACAGUGUCCAGCCCCCGCCUCUGCCUGGCCUUACCUAGGGGAGGAGUGGGCGGGGGUGGAGUGGAUAUCUACUACACAACCAGACACUGUCACAAACGUCAGGGUGAAGUUCUCGGAGGACGUGGUAGCCAGUAACACUCUGCUGGUGGAGGUGCAGCCCUGGGCUCUGCUAAUCAACACCCUGGGUAGUCAUGUGUAUCUGCAGGGUAGAGAGAGAACACUGUGCUCCCUGGCACACAGGGCUGUGCUGUCACCACCACCACUGGAGAGUACAUUUCAAAUCGGUGUGGAACUUGAAAACUCCGUGCAGCUGUCAGACUCUAUACAACUGAAGCGUGGCCCGGGGUUUGAAAUGCCUCAUAUUCCCGGACUCUUGCCUCUCUGUGGCUUCAUCAACAUUACUGUCACUGGCCAAAGCUGCGUUUGCUAUAUGAACGUCACUUCCUCCGAAGUGAGCAAUCUACGUUUGAUCCACGUGAGGUCCUCGUAUGUGAUAGCUAGUCUCAGCAAUCGAGAUUUACUUGUGUCAGCCAUCGCUGUGAAACCAUCCAGCAGUCAGUACAGCAUGACAGAGGAAAUGUUGAAACAGCCUGUGUCUCUACGAGCACACACAAAGUCUUCCAAACCUAUGUGUCAACCACUAACCGAGUGGAGGGUGAUAGGUGAUGAAGAAGAGGUGGAGCUUGUCCCCUACUUGGUGAUACAGGUGGGGGGUGGGGGGCCUGUAUCGUGCCCCGUAAGGCUGCCGGGGGGCCCUGAGAGACACAGUGUCCCCGUAAUAUUCCCCGCCGCAACAGAAGACUCUGUCCAGGAAAUGCUGGUGAUGACCGUAGAGCAAGUUGAUGGGCAGACACAUUUGUUACUGUGGGAUCAGCCUCAUCCCCAGCUUACCCUUCACAACCACACACACUGUGAUGUGAUAUUUGCCAAAGCCAAAACAGAUAACGGUGGUGGGUUCGUGGCGGACUGUGAACACAUCAAGUGGCAGAUGUCAGUUCCAGCGGGAGAAACGGCUCAUUACAGCUUCCCCAACAACGUAAUCAGCCCUGAGACUGUGCUUCCCCCCUCUCUGCCCCCUGCCGUCAUCGCAGUGGUGUCCAACGAGACCAACGAGGUGAAGUGGUCCGACCCCGUGGCGCUGACACAGUGCACUGGUCGUCUGCUGAGUCUGCUAGGACUGCCUGACAUGACUCUGACUGUGACCAAGCGAGGCUACACCACACACAUCACACUGAGUCAGGCGAGUCACACAGAGAUACUUGCUGUGGACAUCCGUGGUCAACUCACCAGACAGUUACUUCUGCUAGGACUGCCUGACAUGACUCUGACUGUGACUAAGCGAGGCUACACCACACACAUCACACUGAGUCAGGCGAGUCACACAGAGAUACUUGCUGUGGACAUCCGUGAGGUGAAGUGGUCUGACCCUGUGGUGCUGACACAGUGCACUGGUCGUCUGUUGAGUCUGCUAGGACUGCCUGACAUGACUCUGACUGUGACCAAGCGAGGCUACACCACACACAUCACACUGAGUCAGGCGAGUCACACAGAGAUACUUGCUGUGGACAUCCGUGAGGUGAAGUGGUCCGACCCUGUGGUGCUGACACAGUGCACUGGUCGUCUGCUGAGUCUGCUAGGACUGCCUGACAUGACUCUGACUGUGACCAAGCGAGGCUACACCACACACAUCACACUGAGUCAGGCGAGUCACACAGAGAUACUUGCUGUGGACAUCCGUGAGGUGAAGUGGUCUGACCCUGUGGUGCUGACACAGUGCACUGGUCGUCUGUUGAGUCUGCUAGGACUGCCUGACAUGACUCUGACUGUGACCAAGCGAGGCUACACCACACACAUCACACUGAGUCAGGCGAGUCACACAGAGAUACUUGCUGUGGACAUCCGUGAGGUGAAGUGGUCCGACCCCGUGGCGCUGACACAGUGCACUGGUCGUCUGUUGAGUCUGCUAGGACUGCCUGACAUGACUCUGACUGUGACCAAGCGAGGCUACACCACACACAUCACACUGAGUCAGGCGAGUCACACAGAGAUACUUGCUGUGGACAUCCGUGAGGUGAAGUGGUCCGACCCCGUGGCGCUGACACAGUGCACUGGUCGUCUGCUGAGUCUGCUAGGACUGCCUGACAUGACUCUGACUGUGACUAAGCGAGGCUACACCACACACAUCACACUGAGUCAGGCGAGUCACACAGAGAUACUUGCUGUGGACAUCCGUGAGGUGAAGUGGUCCGACCCUGUGGUGCUGACACAGUGCACUGGUCGUCUGCUGAGUCUGCUAGGACUGCCUGACAUGACUCUGACUGUGACCAAGCGAGGCUACACCACACACAUCACACUGAGUCAGGCGAGUCACACAGAGAUACUUGCUGUGGACAUCCGUGAGGUGAAGUGGUCUGACCCUGUGGUGCUGACACAGUGCACUGGUCGUCUGUUGAGUCUGCUAGGACUGCCUGACAUGACUCUGACUGUGACCAAGCGAGGCUACACCACACACAUCACACUGAGUCAGGCGAGUCACACAGAGAUACUUGCUGUGGACAUCCGUGAGGUGAAGUGGUCUGACCCUGUGGUGCUGACACAGUGCACUGGUCGUCUGUUGAGUCUGCUAGGACUGCCUGACAUGACUCUGACUGUGACCAAGCGAGGCUACACCACACACAUCACACUGAGUCAGGCGAGUCACACAGAGAUACUUGCUGUGGACAUCCGUGAGGUGAAGUGGUCUGACCCCGUGGUGCUGACACAGUGCACUGGUCGUCUGCUGAGUCUGCUAGGACUGCCUGACAUGACUCUGACUGUGACCAAGCGAGGCUACACCACACACAUCACACUGAGUCAGGCGAGUCACACAGAGAUACUUGCUGUGGACAUCCGUGAGGUGAAGUGGUCCGACCCUGUGGUGCUGACACAGUGCACUGGUCGUCUGUUGAGUCUGCUAGGACUGCCUGACAUGACUCUGACUGUGACCAAGCGAGGCUACACCACACACAUCACACUGAGUCAGGCGAGUCACACAGAGAUACUUGCUGUGGACAUCCGUGAGGUGAAGUGGUCCGACCCUGUGGUGCUGACACAGUGCACUGGUCGUCUGUUGAGUCUGCUAGGACUGCCUGACAUGACUCUGACUGUGACCAAGCGAGGCUACACCACACACAUCACACUGAGUCAGGCGAGUCACACAGAGAUACUUGCUGUGGACAUCCGUGAGGUGAAGUGGUCCGACCCCGUGGCGCUGACACAGUGCACUGGUCGUCUGCUGAGUCUGCUAGGACUGCCUGACAUGACUCUGACUGUGACCAAGCGAGGCUACACCACACACAUCACACUGAGUCAGGCGAGUCACACAGAGAUACUUGCUGUGGACAUCCGUGGUCAACUCACCAGACAGCUGCUCAGUGAAAGAAGACUAAGCAGCCCGAGUCACAGUUCAAAAAAAGAGCUACAAGACUCUGACUCGGAAACUCAUGAAACAACUCCACCUCCAUCCAUCCCACCCUCGGAGAAUGAAACAGGUAAAGGACAAGGGCUGGAGAUAAGUUGCUACCUGCAUGGCCUCACUACCACCCUGCUGUCACAUAGUGAGCUGGGUUGUGAAUGUCAUGAAGUGGCAGCCCUGACUGUAGAUCAUGUUGGCAUCACUGUGCAUCCUCAUCCUCACCAGGAUUUGUCAGUGAGAGAGAUGAAGAUCCAUACGACCGUGGGAGACAUCCAGUUGGACAAUCAGGAGUUCUCCCUGGGCGGUUACGACUUCCCCGUGGUGUUGUUGAUGCAGAAACCCAGGAAAGAGGUUACUGAGGUCUCGAUGAGUCAGCACGCGCACUGUCUGGUGGACAAGGCGAGAAAAAGAGGCUGCGGGGCGGACCUUACUGUCGUCGUGGACGUCAACAGUCAUGCUAGCAUCGGUCAGUCCGUGCAAGACGUUAGUGUAAAACUAGCACCUCUCCAAAUCUACAUUGAAGACAAAUACAUUUACCACCUAAAAGAGUGCAUCCUAAACACUCUGCCAUCAUCAUUCGUUGUUGAAACACCUCUAAAUGCUCCGAAGACAACGUAUCCAACCUCACAGAGAAGAACAAGACCAACACCCACCACGAGAAACGUAGAAAGGAACGCUGAAAGGCCAAAACCUAAACACAAGUUGAGGAGAGACGAAGAAUCGAUUUUCUCAAAAGACAACUUGAAAAAAGAUCUAAGCGAGGAAGCGGAAGAAGAUUUGUUCAAUGUUUCCGAUCCCGAAGAUAACCAAUCGCUCGAAGAAAUUUCUGCUGUUGAAGCCGUAUCCCAGGCUAAAAGCGUGUACGAGACAGACUCGGUUUGGACAGUGAACGCUACAUCUAGCACGCAGGGAGAGGAGGAAGAUUUGCCUAGUGAGUCUGGGUUUCCUGUUCCACCGGAAGUGCUGAGUGCGUCCAGAGACUUGGCUCGGCCAUUGCGUCUCAGAUCCCUCAGCAUUUCGGAACUGGAUUUGUUAGUCAGCAUCCACACCUCCACCAAGUUCUACAUCGCUUUGGACCACUCUCCGCUGCAACUGGCUGCGUUCAGACGGUCGUCAUUGUUCACGACGGCUUACAGGCUGGGUCAUUCACUCACUCUGCAUUACUUCUUUGGGGCGAUUUACGGUACAGGCUGGGCGUUGGGGUCGCUAGAGUUGCUGGGAGCGCCAGGUGGUCUUGCGCGCAGUCUAGGCCUUGGCCUGCGAGACUUUAUCAGUCUUCCGCUGCAAGGUAUGCUGCUUGGGCCUCGAGCCUUCUUCACAGGCAUUGCUCACGGGUCCGCUUCACUCAUGCACCAUUUUGCUGCCGGCACUAUAACCUCUGUGACCAGGCUGGCAGCCAGCUGGGCUCGGACACUCGAUCGCUUGACACUCGACACUCGAGACUUGGAGCGCUCGGAGCAGCUGCGCAGACUGCGACCACAGAGUCUAUCCCAGGGUGUCGUUCAAGGACUGACGGAAUUCGGCAUCAGUCUAAUCGGAGCCAUCAGCAGUAUUGCCCACCACCCGCUGCAGUACGUCAUGUCCGAGAGGCCAGACCACGGCCUGGUCAGCAGUGUGGGGCUCGGCCUGGUGGGGGUCAUCACUCGGCCUCUCAGCGGAGUGGCCGAACUAGUCGCCCUCACAGGGGAAGGCCUGUUGAGUGGUGUUGGCUGGACCGACGUACCCAGGGUGAGACACGAACCUCUCACCCAGCACAGUCAGUGCGGGUCGGACUCUCGCCUCAAGUACCAGUGGAAGCUGCUGCCUCCCUCGGAGGAUCUGCUGUUCACCUCCGAGGCGACCAGCGACUGUUACGAGGCAGUCACGCUACUAGUCACCACGCAGUCACUCUACGUGGUCAACUCUGAGCUGGACAUAUCUACACGAGCCGUGCGGCUGGGUGACGUCCAGGUGAUGUACAGUGAUGACCCGACAUUGGUCGCACUGCGAGUACAGCCUGCCAAGGAACAGGCACAGCUGUUAUCACAGAUCCGUAUUCUCGAGUACGUACGAGAGAGCCAAAGGAUGUUGAUCGGGGAACUUUCGCACAUUUCCCCCUCCACUUCCCCCGUACCAGAGCAAGAUGAACCGCACUUCCAGUUCUUUGUCAAUCCCCAAGUUCGUAGUCACUUCCUCGCUGUUCUGCAUUUUGCGAAGAGCCAUGCCACAAACCGUGGAUUCUCAGUAAUCAGUUGAUAAAAGACUUAUUCCCUCUACAGCUGUGAUCCAUCGCAAUAAUGUUGCACAAAAUAUUGUUAUUGUAAUUUGUGUAUAAUAUGUGAAUAGAGGAGAUUUUUACAAUUUUGUCAGCAUACCUUAUGCUUUUCAAAGAAUUCAUUAUUGAAUAAACAAUAGUUCCUUACGAUAGUAAUUGACAUACUAUCCAAAAAUGUAUUCCAUUUAUUUAAUAUUGUAAUUAUGUUAAUUUAUUGAAGAAAAUAUUAUACUAUGU